AUGGCAUCUUUGCGUAUUGCUCGUCGGGCAUUCCGUGCCUCAAUGCUCAAUACUUCUCGACCCUUUUCCAGCACAACAUUCCGGUUCGCAAAUGCCAAUCCCGGUAAUGCAGAAGAGCAUGAUGGUAAUGAAGAGUAUCGAAAAAAGCAAAUGGAAAAGCCAUUGAAUCCUCAUAUGACGAAUACCAAUUCUACAAUUGUGAACGAAAUGCCUAGUGUUGGAGCCAGCAGACCUCCGCCUGAGUUUAUCACAAGUGUGGAUGGGAAAUUUACUCCAAAGGAUAGUGUACCGGAGAAUACGGAUAGAAUGACAGGUGGUACACAAGAUGGGAAAGGAAGUGGUGUUAAUAGGGAGAUGGCAGUUGGAGAAAUGGAAGGGGCACAAUUUCGAGUUGAGCCAUUGAGAAGGGAUGGAGAGCAUGAAGAGAAGAUGAGGGCGAGAUUAUUAUAUCAAUCUCGAAAACGAGGGACUCUAGAAUCCGAUCUUCUAAUGUCCACCUUUGCCGAUGCUCACCUUCCUACUAUGACCGCUGCACAAAUGGUACAAUAUGAUCAAUUCCUUGAUGAAAAUGAUUGGGAUAUCUACUACUGGGUCACACAAGAACCAUCACCAACAUCUCGUGAAACAGCCGAAGGUGCUGGUCUUGGAUCGGAAGGUGCUACAACCAAUGCUAUGGGUACAGAUCAAAAGAAAUCACCAGUAGCACAAGGUACAGAUCCUGGUAAACAAACUGGACCUGAAUUAGAGACAGAUGCAUGGAGAAAUGGAGCACCAAGAAGUGGAGAAUGGGCACAAACGAUUGGAACAUUUAAACCUGCUUAUAGACCAGUACCAAAGAGAUGGCAAAAUAGUGAGAUUUUGGCCAUGUUAAGGAAACAUGUUAUUUCAAGAUCUGCUGGAGGUGUACAUGGAGUGGAAAUGAAUGAUAGUACUGCAACUGGUAAAGGUAUGGCAUUUAUGCCACCUAUUUUCCAGACUGAUCAAAAACGAUCAUGA